AUGAGUCUCACCAAUAAAGAGCGUCUCGAUCAGGCUAUUGAUUUUUUCCAGUCCCUCGACCUGGCAGAAAUAAUCAACGAGGCAGAGCAAGUCACCGCUCACACACAACAAAAAGUUGCCCUUCGUCAAUCAUCACCCUUGACAGUUUCUCUCGAGUCAUUACAUGCUCUGCCGCAAGGAAAGUCAGCAACUAUAUUGCAUGCCUCCCCGGUUGAUUCUACAGGUCGCUUGCUUCCAUUUUGCAUAAAGCUACGUGACAAAUUCAUUGAGGCUGGUUUCAUCCAGAGUGAGCCCGACAGAAGACCAAGAGGAAGACAAAAUCCUCGCUUUGUCCAAGACAGCCCUCAAGCCUCUGAAGCCACGAUUCUUAGCGAUGUGUCUUUACAACAACCCAAACCACGACCCCUCCUCCUGCACGCGACUAUUGUCAAUACCAUCUACGUCCAUGGACGGCAGAACCAGAGCAAAGAUGCCAACGGCAACAAUUCAUCCAAACGUCUUACGUUUGAUGCUCGCAACCUGAUUUCACAUUAUCGUAAUUACUACUCUGAUGACAACAGAACUAUCCCGUACCGAUCACCUGCUGGGUCUUCUGCAGACAUUAGAAGUGAACCCUGUGCAGGGUCUUCGCCAAUCCCCGAUGCAGACAUUACUUCCGAGGAUAGAGGCCAUCCGGCCCAUUCUCUUCCACCCUCACGGGGCUACCCUUUCAUUUGGGCAAAGGAAAUUCCUCUGGAUACUAUCUGCAUUUGCGAAAUGGGCGCUAAGAAAUUAGACCCUGGUGUCCACGACCGUGAUGGUUUGAAUGAACGGCUCGGCGAGGAAUAUACAGUUAUUGCAGAACGGAGUCUCAAUCCAAUACUGCCAUCACCUCCCUUGUCGACCGAAACGCCCGCAUAA